GUUAUUCCGUCAAAGGCCCUGACAAUGCUGUAUGCAAACACUGCAAGGCAUCUGUCCGCCAUCACCACAAAACUGCAUCUGUCAAAGCCAACCUUCUGAAAUGCCCCAAGUUCAAAAAAGUAUUUUUGGACAGGGCUGUCAACGACCACCCAGACUGGUGGAUUGAGAAAAGGGGCACUACAAAGAAGUCAACCGGGUCAACAUCCUCGAAAAGCACUUCGUCUGUUAACCGCAUUAAGUCACAAUCAUCAGUAAGAUCAUUUGCCAUACCCCUGUUCAGUGCCUCAGAACAAAAGCGGUUCAAUCAUGAAAUGGCAAUGUAUUUUUACUGCACAGGGUCAAGUUUCCAGAGAGUUGAAGAUCCAUUUCUUUUUCGGGCAAUCCAAUUGGCACGUCCAGGUGCUAAAUUGCCCACACUCAAGCAGGUAGCAGAUGAUAGUCGUGGGGGCCUGCUUGAUGAAUGUUACCAGAGGGUAAAGGAGGAGGUCAAUAAAGUGCAGCUUUCCGCUGAUGAUCUCUUUGUCUGCAUUACAAGUGAUGCAUGGUCGAAUAUAUCGAAUGAUCCUGUUGUCAACUAUGUGGCCGUGUGUCCAACAAAAUCACUAUUGUUGGAAGCAGUACACACAGAAGAGCAAAGUCACGAUGCCGAAUGGCUUUUCACAGAUCUAAGUCGGGUGGUAGAUAGUCUCGGAGACAAUGUAGUUGGUGCAGUUACAGACAACACAGCAACAAACAAAAAGGCAUGGAGUGAUUGGAAAAGAAAUACCCAACCCUCUUUUUCCAUUGUUGUGUGUCCUAUGGGCUACACCUUCUAGUGAAAGAUGUCUUUGCAGCCAAAAAGAAGGAUGCCCCUGAUGGUGGUCCUGCGGAGUAUCCAGCUGGCUACCCAUUUAAAGACCUGCUUCAGUUUACCCUCGACUGUAAAGAUGUUGUUUCCUUUUUUCAUAAUCAUCACGUCCCUAAGGCAAAGCUAAAGAAAGCACUGGCUGCAGCUAAGUUGAGUGGUUUGGUCCAGCCUGUACCAACACGUUGGGGCACAUUGAAUGGCUGCUUGACAUCGUUGCGAAAGGCUGAUAAUAUUCUUAAUGGUUUAGUAUCUGAGUGGGACUUCGUUACCAAGGGAAAUGCCAAACAAAGGGAAAAGCGUGUGGCAAUUAAAGCAGUGAUCACAUGAUUUUGUUGUCAAGCUUGAUGAAUUCUUAACGAUACUGGCACCAAUCGAUAUGUACAUAAAGAUCUUCCAAAACGAUGCGGUCCCAAGCUCAGAUGUGUACAAGGCGUUUGUUGCGCUAGAGAAGCAGAUGCGCAGCCUAAAGAAUGGUGAUUCUGACAAGAAGGCUUACUUGGUAAAGCUGGUGCGUGACCGGUUUGAUUUUAUGUAUGGAGACGCUCAUGGUGUGGCCUAUCUUCUAGAUCCAAGAUACCUGGGUGAUGGAAUGCUGCAAAAUGGUUGUAUAAGAAUAUACUGCCUUUCGGAUUGAAGCGCUAAGUGAAAGACAACAGAAAACAUUCCGCUUUAUAAUGAUUGGCAAAUCCAAGUCAGUACUCCAGUGGUGAUUAGCAAACAGCACAGAUUGGCCAUUACUGCAAAACCUGGCAGUGCGUGUUUUUUCCAUGGCAGCAUCAAGUGCUGCCUCAGAGCGGAAUUUUUCCACCUUCGGAUUCAUCCAAUCCAAAUUAAG